GGUAUCUGUUGUUUUUUGCUCUCUCGCCACUGAAACAUUCAACGGCGGACGCUGUGUAUAUAAGGUGAAUCAGUCCACAAGUCUUCAUCAGUUUCGUGUUGUCCGAUAAACUAAAAGGAAUCAUGAAGGCUUUUAUUUUGUGCGCUGUUUUGAUCGCCUAUGCUGAGGCUGGAUACUUACUCGGAGGCGGUGGCGGUGGCGGCCAUGGUGGAUACAGUGGUGGCGGAUAUAGCGGCGGCGGCGGUUACGGCGGUGGACACGGUUACAGCAGUGGCGGAUAUGGCGGUGGAUAUAGCGGCGGUCAUGGUGGAUAUAGCGGCGGCUACAGCCAACCGGCUCAAGUCAUUAGAGUUAUCAACCUAGGCUCAACUGGCGGCGGUUACUCAGGCAAGUACACAAUUACAGAUCUAAAUAGAAGAAUGUUUAAUUCAAUCACACCCGACCAAAUCACUUUUUUCAACCGAAAAUCACACAAAUAUCCAAAUUAGUGUCGAACAUUUCAAUUUCCAUUUUUUUUUUCAAACGUCCAUUGGCUAUGAUUCAGCUUUUUCAAGCAGAACACCGUGUUCGCAUCAAGAGUUGAAGUUUUUGCACUGAAAAUGAUUGAUUUUUUCUGCCGAACAUCGAAUUUUUCGAAUCGUUUUACCUUCUAAGUCGAAG